ACUCUUCUGGACCUGAGACUGAUGACAGUGAUGAUUGGAAGGCGACCAGAGAACCUCAGUCAGGUGGCCGUGAGGCAAAUCUGAUGACUCAUAAGAAAACUCACACAGGAAAGAAACCAUUUGGUUGCUCGGUUUGUGGUAAAAGUUUUUCCCAGCGUUAUUACGUAAAGACACACAUGACAUGUCAUUCGGGAGAGAAACCAUUCAGUUGUUCAGUUUGUGGUAGAGGUUUUUCUCAAAAAACACACUUAUCGAAACACAUGAUAUAUCAUUCAGGUGAGAAGUCAUUUAGUUGCUCUGUGUGCAGCAAAAGAUAUGCACAAAAGGGGUAUCUGUUAUACCACAUGACCAUGCACACGGGGGAGAAACGGGUAAAAUGUGGGGUUUGUGACAAAAGGUUUACUUGGCAUUAUCAGCUCAAAAAACACGAUUGCGUCGGUGGCUCCUCACAGAUUCAACAAAACCAAACUGAGGAGAGCAGAGAGACGGAGCAUCUAGCCAGCAGCUCAACUGUUCCUGCUGAUGUGGGAUUUAAUGACACUGACUCUGACACCUCUGAACCUGAGACCAGAGACAGUGAUGAUGAUUUGAAGGAGACCAGAGAACCUCAGUCACGUUUAAACUCUUUAAAAAAUGACGAAGCCACCGUCAGCGAUUCGCAAUGUAGCGCUAGUGAGAAACCAUUUCGCUGCUCUGAGUGUGGGAAAGGAUUUGGCCUCAAGGGUUCUCUGAAGAGACACAUGAGGUCUCACACGGGAGAAAAACCUUUUAGCUGCUCAGUGUGUGAGAAGUCUUUUGGGUGGAGAGGGAGUUUACAGGUUCACAUGAGGAAUCACACGGGAGAGAAACCGUUCAGCUGCUCUGCGUGCGGUAAAGGUUUUAGCCGCAAGGCAAAUCUGAAGAAACACAUGAGGACUCACACAGGAGAGAAACCAUUUAGUUGCUCCAUUUGCGGUAAAAACUUCCAGCGCAAGGACCACAUAGUUCGUCACAUGGUAACCCACACAGAGUAGAAACCAUUCAGCUGCAGCUGAUGGAGAGGAAUAUGGAUAGUUGGGUACGUUCACGCUUGAACUGAUACUUGUACUCGAUAGUACCUUUUAUCGGUAUGCUUUACUUUCUCCGUAUUAACAAAAAAUGUUUUUUCCGUUGUAAAAAUGAGUCCAACCUUCUCAUUUUCAACGUUAUUUAUUUAGAACAAGGAACUUUCAUCAAGUGUUGAUUCUAGCGCCCCCUGUGGACUAAAGUGGUAGUGUAUCUGAGCACCAGACUCUCUUUAGAAAACCUCUCAUGUUACU